CUCGGACAGAGUGCCUGCCUCUCUGGGCUUCCCUCUCCUCCUUUGGAUGAAGGGAGCUGGCAUCUCCCAAGUGACACUUGGCGCGUCUGUGACAACUGAGGGGCCGGGCCGGAUCCCAGCCCGCCCCGGGGUCCCGGCACGAUGCCCCCGUGGGGCGGUGGAGGGGGGCUCAGGCCGGUGUGUCUGGGGGACCAGGCGGGACGGUUCUGGUAGGGUUACCCCGCACUAUUCACUGCAACACCCCCCGCCCCCAAAAGGCUGUGGCUGCCCCUUCCCGUUCCAUGGGGACCCUGAUGGUGGCGAGUCAUGGUUGUCAUCCAGCUGUGUCUCCCAAACUCCCACACUAGCACCUCCGAGCACCAUCUCGAUGCUGGGCCUCAUGUGACACACCUGAGGGAUGUGUCAUUAUUUCCCCUGUUGUAGAAGGGCCGCCGAAGGCCAGUGAGGCUGGGAUUCCACAGCAGAGGCAGACACACGCUGUGUUCUCGGGCUCCCCCUCCUUCCCUCAGCCAGUGCCAGGGGGACGGGGGUGGGCCAGGAUGCCCCCCCACCCCGGCCCCGACCGUGCUGCUUGUCCCCGGACAGCCGGGUCCAGGAAGCAAGAGGGCGCCCUGGUGGCCAGGAUGCCCUGUGGUCGAGGGUCCCCCUUCCCCGGGACGGCCACAGAGGUCAGCAGGCCAGGUCCUGGGCCUCCGUCGCCAGGCCGCAAGAGCACGAGUGAGUUCUCUAAACCAGCCGGCCAGAAAUAAGACCCUUAGCAUGCUUCUCUUCCGGAAGCCCGGCCGGUGAGCCAGACUGUUUAUCAUCUGCCGAAAGUGCUUUGAGGAAGGCACUGUGUCGAUCCCCAUUUUGUAGAUGAGAAAACUGAGGCCAGGAGACAAACAGGCACAAGCUGGAGUCCUCCCUCCAGGACCAGCCCUGCAGGACGAGUGGCUAGGAGCGGACAUGAACGUGGACGCCGAGCUGCUGUGGCCGGGGGUGGCCCUGCUGCUGCUUCUGGGGACGGUGGCCAGCCUAUGCGUGCGCUGCUCCCGCCCAGUGGUGAAGAAGUCUGAGAAGAUCUACGAGCAGAGGAGCCUGGAAGAGAAUGCACAGAACUUUGCGGUGGCCCGGACCUAUUCCUUGGUCAGGCAGGCCUGGCCGGGGCCCCUGCUGGACACAGCCUCUGACGUGGCACCAACAAGGAAGGACAAGCUUCUACGGUUCUCCCCCAGCGUUGAGGAUGCUGCGUCCUCUAGGUACCUGGAGAACUUCAGCAAAGGAAGCAGACGAGGAUCUGAUGGAGCCUUCAUAGACCCCAUUGCCACGCACUAUUACAACUGGGGGCAGUUCCAGAAGCCCUUGGAAGACGAUGAUGAUGCCAAUUCGUACGAGAACGUGCUCAUCUGCAAGCAGAAGGACACUGAGUCAGGGGACGAAGGAUCUGAGGACUAUCAGAACUCAGCUUCCAUCCGGCAGUGGCGGGAGUCCAGGAGGGUGGUGGAGCGAGGCCCGAGGGAGGCGUCCCCGUCGCUGGCAGAAAGCCCGGACGAGGAGCCCGAUUACGUGAACGAGAGCGUGGCAGCCACAGAAGCCUAGCGAGGGCCUGGAAGGAGCCGAGGGGACCACCAAGCUCAGAGGACUAUUUACCGCCUCCCCAAAGGUCACUUCUCUGACUUGCUCAACCGCUAGACCCCCCACGGUUGCUCCUGGGAGACGCGCUGACACGUCUGAGGACCAUCCACCAGGCCGCGGGGUACCGGUGGGGAAAGGACAGUUACAGGUGGAAUCACCCCCUACCCCCCCGCCCGGCUCCCACGGGAGCCCAGAGCCCCUGCCGCGAUCGGAUGUCAAGAUUCAGGGCAAGUUGCAUCCCUGUCCCCACGUCUAGAACAUCGUGCAUCACUGGUACUCCUGUGCUUUUUGCUUUGGAUUCAGGUUCCAAAGUGCUAACCAAUGCCGGCUGCUGGGCUCUUCCUCGUGGUCCAUAAGCUUGUACAGUUAAUUUAUAUAGGUGGAGCCAUAUUUAAUAAUCCACGUCUCCGGGCAGAGAUCCGAUCUGUCUCGCCUCCUAGAAGCAUUACAUGUGAUUUCAGCAGAGUUAGGGGAGCCCCGGCGCUCCUUUCUUUGGGCCUCGGUUCACUUGGAAGAAGUAAGGCUGCAGGGAACUUCGCGCAGCCAGUGGGGACGUCUGCUGUGGACAGAGUGCGUCACGUUUCCGAAGGAGCGGAGCCACGCGGCCGAGCUGAUUGGGCAGAAACACAGCUGUCUCACGGGAGGGGCAGGGGCCCAAAGGGACCUUCUGAGUCAGAAAAGCCACAGCCAGAGAAGCGAGAUGCUUCCUUCAACUGAAACAUCCCAAUAGACCAUUUUCAUUUAAAAGUA